AUGUGGAGCGAUCCCAUGCAAUGGCCGCAUGUGUACGAGGGGUGUCAGGACCGCAUUGGCGAAGACCCACGAGCCAUGCCUCCUCGCAAUGAUCUCCACACGUGCACUCUGGUAAACACCAUGCACUGUUUGGUUCCCCGCAUAGGCAAGCGCAAAACGGUGACGGUGGCGACAACAGUGAAGAAGGGUGACUGCCUGUGGGGCAUCAGCCGACAGCUGACUGGCACAGGGACCAACUGGAAGGACAUCGUGAACGAGAAUCGGCAUUACUUCAAAAAGGCGAAAUUCGACACUCCCAUUGACGACGAUCUUUUCAUCAUCCAACCGGGCUGGAAGCUUAGAAUGCCAGUCACUGCGCCCCCUCCUCCUGAAGACUGA